AUGGCACCUUUCAUCUUCCGUCUAGGAUGUCAUUUAAUGGCAGCGACCCCUGGCCUGCUGAGCAAUGUGCAGCGGGAGUGUAGCAUCGGUGUAAAGACAGAUCUCACGACAUUAGUGACCGCGGGGAUUUGUACACUGAACAACAUCUUGUGCCGAGAACUUAGUGAGACUAAUAGGUAUUGUGACAUCUACGAACAUGGAAGUUUGAUUUCAAGUCGGUAUGAACGUUUCCCUCAUUAA